AUGGGGUUGUGCUCCCAGGAAGAAAUCCGGGAGCUUAAAGCUCUGAUCGACGAAGGUGUGUGCGCCGUUGCUCUGAACAAAUGACUGUCCAUUUUUCCUGAUUAGAAUUGGCCUUUUCUAUUGUGGAAGGCUGCGGCCUUCUUUUUUUCCUGUUAUUUUAACUUAAUUUUACUUUCAUUAUCCGGUUUGGCAGCUGACGAGAAGCUCCAAAGUGCGUUCAAGGUGAAGUCUUCGAGCUUUGCCUCGGUCACUUUUCUGCUACUUGUUUCUGGAUUGGAUCUACUGAUCGGUGUCUGAAUUCUGAAGAUCUAGUGAACCCCCACGGGGACAUCUGUGCUGCUCUGUUUUUCUGGAAAGUUCUGAGUUUUGAUCUAUUCUUUUGACUUCAGUAGUCAGAAAUUGAGUUUUGACCAGUAAAACCUACUCAGCUUAUCCGAAUUUUUGUUUAUCUUGAGUUUUUGAUCUAAUGCUGCAUGAUUGUAUGGAGGUAGUACAUGGGUCUUUCUAUCUACUUGGUGACUUUGACCUCAAGUCCCUUUUUUUCCUAAAAAAGAGAGUUUCUGCUAGAAGCGAGGUCUUAGAUUCUAUAGCGCUAUGAUGUCUCUGUGGUGACACCGAAGAACAGAGCUUGCAGCCAUAGUUUCUGUAGAGGAUAUCAUAGUCAACAUCUUUCUCACUUCCUGUAUUCGGAUGACCAAAUUUCUUGUAUUUGGUGCUUCACUACUAAUUCUGAUUCCUAGAAUAAGAUUUUGUCCUUCUCUCUUUACCACCUCAGAGGGAUUUAGCCAUAAGUUCUGUGAUUGUCUUCAUCACAUCUACUUUUUCUCCCCCAUUUAUGUCAACUCGUCUGGUCACAGAGGUACAUCAGCUCUGCAUACUUCAAAAAAAGGUCCUGUAUGUUCUUUUAAUAGAUUUAUUUGCACUCACAUUUCCCUUAAAAAAUCCUGAUAUAGUUCGUAGUUACAUGAUAAAAUAUUGAAGCCAUGGGGUGUAACUGUGACUCAUGUUUUGUUUAGGAAUAGAAGGAGUGAUUCAAUGAGACUAGUCAAGAUGCGACUUUAUAUUAGUGAAUAUAUAUUGUUUUGACCUACCAUUAAUGGCUUGUCAUCAUUCAUAUGUUAUUUUGUAUAACUCACCAACGUGAUAGUAUAUGUUAUUAAAAUAGCUUAUCUCCGGAUAACUAUGUUGCCUCAGGGAACUUACAUCAUUACUCGAUGCCUUCAUUUAUUGAUGGGUGCUGAUGACGCAUUUAUGCUGAAACCUUUACUACUAGUAUUUUAUCAUCUCGACGUGAUUUAUUCUAAAAGUAGCGUAUUUGCUUUCUUAUCAACUAACGGAAAUACCUGUAAUUAUAGUUUUAUGACUGUUGGACAAGGUUUAUAGAUAUGGCUUGAUUAUUUUAAUGGGCUUAGCUUUGUAGUAGAUUCAGGCAUUUCAGAAAAAAGAGAAUGAUUUUUGAUCUUUCAUCCGUUGAAGAUAACCAUUUUAUGUGCUACGAUUCAUCCAAUUUUAUCAUCCAGUUAAAGCGAGAGUCUUUGAUUGUAUUUCACUAAUCAUUCCUUUCACUGAAAUAUCUGGGUCAAUGUUUUCAUCAAAGUCUUAUUUUCUCCUUUGUAGGAAUUUCAAACCCGGUAGUCAUUUAUCUUUUCAUCAAUUCUUCCUUUCAUAUGUAAGGCGUUUUAAAUUAACAAAUUAAACGAAACGUCGAAAUCGAUGACUAUGUAAUUUGUUCAACCGGAGCUGUAAGCACAGUACCCCUCUGUAGCAGACCUGCCGGAAUCUUAUCCAUGCAUGACAUCAAUGCCAUCUCUUUGAGUUUCGACUCUGUCUCUUAAUCCUAUUUUUAAGUUUUUUACGGUUUGAGUUUCCCCCGGUUUUGGAAAUUUUGUGUAUAACGUUCACAGAAUUUUUAUUUUGUAAUAUGUUUUGAAGUUGUGAGUUCAAUUGCUUAAAUGCUAUCAGAACUAGCGGAUUUGAGUUUCAACAGACGUGCUUUUAAAAGUAUGCAUCAUCCACUAGAUCCAAAGGUGCUUUGGAUCAGCAGCAAUUCAGGGGAUGCCCAGCUACUGUUUUUUUCUAUUGCGGAUGAAAUGUUUAGGAAACAGAGCAUAUAAAUGCCAUAGACUGACUUUGGCUUUGGCGUUUUCAGGCUUUGCACCAAGGAUAUCCAGAUGAAACUCUUAUUCGCUUUCUCAAGGCAAGAGAGUGGAGUGUCACCAAAGCACACAAGAUGGUUAGCAUGGAGAUUUGCGUUUGCUGUUUGGUUUGAUUAUGUUUCAGAGAAAGUUCGUAAGGUUUCCCCCAGUAACCAUGGAUACUCUCUUUCAGCUGGUGGAUUGUCUAAGUUGGAGGAUAGAAAAUGAGAUCGACCAGAUAUUAGCUGUGAGUAAUAGUACAGCUCACAAUUAUAUUUUGAAAUCUUUCCAUGUUACUCCUACACCGAAUUUCUUUUAUUUUCUAUUUACUCGUUUGCAUUUCAUUCUUGUUCCAUCACCAUUGCGUGUUUAAAAUCUAGUAGAUUUAUUUACAUGGUGCAUAAUUUUCUUUGAAUACUGCACAGUCCUUUCGAAAAAUCGAAAUAAAUUUUGUAAAAGUCAAAAGAAAAACUUUAUAUGCUAACAGGUGGCAGAAACACCUUUUGGCCCAUAUCAUAUACCCGAGGAGCGACUAUACAUCUACUUACUCUCGUAUAUGAAUUAUUAGAUGACUUUCUGUGAAUCAUCUUAAGUAAGAAAGUUUAAGUUUUUUUUUCCACUGUUGCUUUUUCCUGAAUUAUUCAAAUAUAUAUGUUUCUUCCUGGUAAUUUAUUUAUACAAGAUAUACGUUUUCUUUUGUGCAGAGACCUAUCGUUCCACCUGAUCUGUACAGAGCCGUACGGGAUUCCCAACUUGUGGGAUUGUCAGGAUACUCCAAGGAGGUAGCGAAUGGGUUUUUCGCUUCAGUUCAUCAUUCUUGGAAAACCCAUUUUCCCGUUAUCUCACUUCAGUUCAUAAUUUUGUUUUGACGUCAUGUACGCAGUAUGAACUUUCUAAUUAAUUAUCGGAUCGCAUUUAAGGCCAUGAAUAUAUACAUAUAUAUAUAUUUAUUUUCUUAUUACAAUUACUGUUUGAGAUCGUCAGGCCUGGUAGUGUCUUGAUUGGUUAAGGUUGAGUAUUUUCGAGAGAUGAUUUGAUAAAAACCUUGUUACUUCAUAGUACUAAAGUUAUCCUUUCAAUCUUUGUCACAUCUUUACUUGUGUUUUAAUUCAUUAUUUCCGUACUUCUUUCUCACGUAAGGUACAAGUCUUCUUCUUGCUUAAGCUUUUGAAUGAUUGUCCAAUGGGCACAAGCCCUUAUAGUAAUUUAGAUGGAUUAAAUUCCUUUAAGCGGUGUCUGGGGUACAUAGCUCUGCUGCCUGUGCUGAUCAUCUCUGUGGUUUAGUAUAAUUUCGUCUAGUCUUAAACCAGGAGAGGUUCGAGAUGAAUGAUUCAGAGUCAUUUCGAUAUAAGUUCUUUAUGUCAAGAAAUUAAAAAAAAUCGCUUAUCAUUCUGAAAUACUACUUGGUACUUGUGAACCAAAUUAUUGUUACAAUGCCCAACCUAAUGCUGUGUAAUCAAUAGAUUCUUCCCAUUCACAUGCAUUUUCUGGGCAAACAUCUGAUAAAUACUGGCACUCAUGUGGACCUAAUUUGUCCUAAGGUUUUUAUCUUUACGAUCAUUCCAGCCUGUUAAUCCAUUCUUUUACCUUUUUCUGGCAGGGGGUUCCUGUGUUUGCGUUGGGUGUUGGAUUAAGCACAUAUGACAAAGCGUCUGUAAGAAAUUUGUGAUCUCAGACCGUGCUUUUUGUUUGUGAAGCAUGCUAUGGAUUGCUCUCCUAUGGCUGAUUGAAUUACGUAGCUUCUAAGGAAUAUGAUGAUAUAGAUUAAUACAAUACUGCGUAAUUAGGUUAAUGUGAUAUAGAUUUAUGGUCCUAAUGAGACGAACUUGAUCCAGAUUAGGAUCCAACUCUUUGGAUAUCAGAGAAAGGUCAAAAUUCAUUUUAAGCAAAAUAAAAAGUUCAUAUUUAUAAUUUAGUAAGCAGUUUGGGGGGAUGGUUCCUGUGCAGAGGAAGUGGAAGUCAUAUGAUAUAUAUGACUUCCUAACGAUUGAGGCUGAGAUAAAUAUGAUAUAGAAUUAUUUUUUUCCUGCCAAAUAUCUUGUUGUUAAUAUUUUAUCACUGCAUCUCAGUUUUUGGAGAUUGGUUUCUCUCUGAUUGGUUGUCCUACACAGGUGCACUACUAUGUACAGUCACACAUUCAAAUCAACGAGUAUCGGGAUCGUGUAGUAUUGGUUAGUUCUUCCCUUCAAAAAUGGCAGUAAAAUAGUAAUUAUUUUCCUUUUUUUCUUCCUGUAUGGUGAGUCAACGCUCCCUUGCAGCCUGCUAUUACAAAGAAGUAUGGGCGUCACAUUGGCACUUGUCUGAAGGUUCUGGAUAUGACUGGUCUAAAGAUUUCAGCAUUAAGCCAGAUUAAGGUUUGUGGAAUGAAUCACUUUAAGUGCUCGGGUUGGCAUUUGAUGCGAGAUAAACCAUUUUUUUACCGUAUUUUUCUUCGCUAAUUGGGUUAUUUUAUUAUCCAUUAAUAUAUUUUUUAAAUGGAGACAUUUUUGACUUAUUAUUACUUAUUUCCUACUGAAUUGCCAUCCUCAAUGAGAAUUAUUAUUAAUUGCAAAAAAAUUUCUAAUAUUAUGUUUAUAUUGAUUUUUCUUAGACGAGAAGAUUGGAAUGGGCCUUUAUGAACUUCACUUGCUUGUGUUUCAGCUAUUGACGAUCAUUUCUACUGUUGAUGACCUUAACUACCCGGAGAAGACGGAUACUUACUAUAUUGUGAAUGCCCCGUAUAUAUUUUCAGCAUGCUGGAAGGUAGGCUUCAUCUGAGAAUAUUCAUCCAUUUAUUUAUAAAUCCUUUUUAUUAUAUUUUCCAUGGAGAUUCACUCCCUGGUCAUCUUCAAACACUGGCAGGUUGUGAAACCGCUGUUGCAGGAGAGAACCCGGAAGAAGAUCCAGGUUCUUCCAGGCUGCGGCCAAGAAGAGUUGCUAAAAGUAAGCUUGCACCUGUUUUUCAUUAGGGUAACAAGAUCGGAUUUAAGAGAAAAAUUAGGAUUGACUUAAUGGUUUUAUAUAUUAAUUUUGCCCCAUUUAUGGGAAUUCUGUCGCUGAUUUGAUCAUCUGGGUGAUGGAGUUUCUCAGAUUAGGGUAAUUCAAUCUAGUUUUAGGGAAGAAAAAUGGGUUGACUCGAUCACAUGGUAUGCUUCACCGAUUCUAUCAUCCGGAUUAGCUCGUCUACUUCAGAAUUUCGGUGAUAUAGUCAAACUUUAUUGAAAACAUAGGCUUGGUUCAGUCAUCUCAUUUGAUGAAAGCUGGGUUUGACUGAUCUCUUCGUAUAUUAAUGCUGAAAUUCUGAAAGGUCUCAGCUAAAUUCUGUUUGCAUCCAAUCACAUUAAUAAAUCAGGUGAUGGAUUCAUCGUCGCUGCCCCAUUUCUGCCGGAGGGAGGGCUCGGGUUCAUCACGAUACUCAGGCGGCAGCGGCAGCGGCCGCGGCGGCGGCAACUGCUUCUCCCUGGACCAUCCCUUCCACCAGCAACUCUACAGCUACAUCAGAGAGCAAUCGCAGAGGGCUCGUCCUGCUGAGCUGGUGUCAGAGGGCUCCUUCCACGUGGACGUGCCUGAGCUCGAUCUCGAAGGGUCAAAGAUCGCUCGAACGAUCGAGUGUGAGCUCCACAAGUUUGAAGAUCAGAACGGCCUCAGCAAGUCGAUGAAUGGCCUCGUGAUUUCCGGCGACUGA